AUGGUAAAUGGGUUCACAGGCGCGAGUGCCAAAACCGCACUCCCCUCCGGACCCGCUCUCGACGCCGCCAGGCCCCAUUUUCCCGCCGUCCCCUCCGCUACCGUGAAGCUGGAUUCCCAGGAGACGCCGCCACCCCUCUGCUACUCGCCCAUCGCCAGCGACCGUGGGCGCGAAUCGACAGCAGACACCACUCCCAUCAGCACGCCCGUCGAACAGGCCGCAUCGCCACAGUUUGGCCGCGCAAAGAAGGACAGCAACCUCUACUUCGCCUGGCACCGCAAGCCGCACGAGCUGGGCGCCCACCGCAGCCUGCUGCCCGAGUCCGAUCUUCUGUUUGAAGACGCGGGCGACUGCAGCUUCCCGCUGUUUCCAGAGAGCCCGCCACAGCACAGCCUGUUGCGAGACAUGGCACAGGCAGCCUCGCCUAUCGAUAUCACGACGCCCCCGCGCUACGGCUCCCACUCCCCGCACAACCAGACGUCAAACCUCACCUCUGCGCUGCGGGAGGCCGGGGCGAGCCGCGACCUCAGCGCAACGUCGAACCAGCACAAUGCACACAGCAGCGACUUCCGCGAUGGCCGCCCGAGCAUCGGCGGUCGCCACGACUCCAUCAGCAACGGCCUCGGCUCGUCAUAUUACGGUAGUGGCGCGCGUCCCAUUUCGAUGAAAGACAGACCGCGGCGCGAGAGCAACACCAUGGGCAGCUUCGCCGGCGGUCUGAGCUGGGGCGGCGUGUCCGUCGGAUCAUGGAUCCGCGAUGACAUCAUGAUGACAGGCACUUCGCCCGCCGCCUUCAACAACCAGUCGCCCUCGUUCCACUCUUCGUCUUACCUGCCCAAGAUGGAAGCCGCCUUUAUGAAGGAUUUCACAUGCUGCGGCCUCACCCUCGCCUCGUUGCACGACCUGCUGCAGCACUUUGAAGAGGUGCACGCGAAUGCCCCGGCCUCGCGCGCGUCUCAGUCAGCCCAGGGCGGCCUCCCGCCGACAACGGGUGCCUCCGCUGCCAGCAUUACGCCUGGUCAGACGCAGACGCACGGUGAGCCAGCAACGCACACACAGCACGGCUUCCACCCCCGGUCAGGCUCAAUGGGCGGAUUCCGGUCUCAGCGGCUAGGCUCGGACGGCUUCAACCGCACGAAUCUAUCGACUGUGCAGGAUUUGGAUUCGCUAGAAGACAUGGAGAUGGACGACGUAGGGAACGAACUGGCCACAAUCGAAGAAGCUCCAUCGGCGUUCCCCGCGCAACAGUCUCAGUUCAGCCAGAAUCAAAGUCAGCUCCAGCCACUGAACGUGAACAUGGCAAAUACGAUGCAGACCCACCAGGGACUGCGGACAUCGACACCGACAACACCGGCCGCUUCGCAGCAAUUUAGCCUGCAGAACAACCCUACCGUCUCCUCCGUAAAUACACCGACCCUCGGAGCCGCACCUAUGCAGAACACGCAGAGCCUGACAUCCCCAGAGUCCUCGCAUCCCAGCACCCCUGCCGAGCUCGAUAUGGACUUUGCGAACAACCUGAAUCCUCCAAUGAUGGGCAUGCAUGGCAUGGAUAUGAACUUCGGCAAUGCCAACUUCGGGACUGGCAUGCCCGGAUUCGAUGGCACCAUUGAUCAGCCAGGCAAGCGUCUAUUCAGCAAGCAGGGCGCUGGUCUCAGCCAGCAACAACUGCAGGCGGCUUUCAAGAACUACCAGCUUGGAGGAGCCGACCAGAGGAUCCGAGAGCAGCAGCUCCUCAACGGCGCCAAUGUCCCCCAGUUCCCGUUCCCGGAGGAAGUUAAGCCUUUCAGGUGCCCGGUCAUAGGCUGCGAAAAGGCGUACAAGAAUCAGAAUGGUCUCAAGUACCACAAGCAGCAUGGCCACCAGAACCAGCAGCUGAAAGAGAACGACGACGGAACCUUUUCGAUUGUCGACCCGCUGACCUCAAUACCUUAUCCCGGUACUAUCGGGAUGGAGAAGGAGAAGCCAUACCGCUGCGAGAUGUGCGGAAAGCGAUAUAAGAACCUGAACGGCCUCAAGUACCACCGCGCUCACGCCCCGAGGUGCAAUCCAGAAUUGGGAGCGCAGUUCAGCCAGCUCCCGGCUCUGCAGGGGAUGAACGUCGGCGCAAAUGUUGCUGGAGCCGGGAUGACGGGGAUGGACGCCUCCAUGUUCUAA